UUUCCGUCACGCUUCGUUGUCAUCAUCAUCAACGAUCUUCAAUCAUUCAGAGAGAGAGAGAAAUCGAUCCGAAUCUGAGGAUUAAAUCUGAAUCGGUAGAAGGAGCGAUUCAACAGGGCGAGGAAAUGGCGAGAAGAGCGGAAGAGGAGUACGAUUACUUGUUCAAGGUUGUAUUAAUCGGCGAUUCAGGCGUCGGCAAAUCCAACUUGCUUUCUCGAUUCACCAGAAAUGAGUUCCUUUUAGAGUCCAAAUCCACUAUCGGUGUUGAAUUCGCCACUCGUACUCUCCAGGUUGAGGGAAGGACCAUCAAGGCUCAGAUCUGGGACACGGCUGGACAGGAGAGAUACAGAGCCAUUACAAGUGCUUACUAUAGGGGUGCUCUUGGGGCUCUUCUGGUAUAUGAUGUGACAAAACCCACUACCUUUGAGAAUGUUAGCCGGUGGUUGAAGGAACUGAGGGACCAUGCAGAUUCGAACAUUGUGAUUAUGCUCAUUGGAAACAAAACCGAUCUGAAGCAUCUCAGAGCAGUUGCUACUGAGGAUGCUCAAAGCUUUGCUGAAAAAGAGGGCCUUUCUUUCAUUGAAACAUCUGCAUUGGAGGCAACAAAUGUAGAGAAGUCUUUCCAGACAAUUCUUUCAGAAAUUUAUCGGAUAAUCAGUAAGAAGCCACUUUCUUCAGAGGAACCAGCAACUGCUAACAUCAGAGAAGGGAAGACUCUUGUUGUUGGGGCAGAGGAGCCUGCCCCCAAGAAGGCAUGUUGCUCUGCAUAGAAAUGGUCAUUAGACUUUUAAGCCUCUAAGUUGUUCCUUCUAUUAGUGAUAAUUUGUACUGUUUCUUCUCCUUUUUUUUCCCUUCUAUAUUUUUGUCAAAUCUGAUACCCAUUUUCAUCAUUAGUAAGGUACAUGUGCAAUACAUGUUAAAA